GCAGCUCGAGUAAACAAACGUGGUGCUUUCAUCCGAUCUUCUUACUGUCUGUCCUUUCAUCUGUUAUCUAGUAUGUAUUCAACUUGAUACGAGGCUAAGUUCGGCUCUUUUGGGGCUACUCUGCUUUCUGAGUUGCUCAUAACACGUGAGGAAGGAGCGAGGCUACCUAGAUAAUCUUUUCGAUAUUUCAACCUCCACCUCGCUAGACCUCAACGCCAAAACAAAACAAGCCACCAAAACCCGAAACGCAACACAACCAUGGAGAACUCCAACGGCACGGGGUACAGGAAGGUGGAAGCUGAUAUCAGAGUCGUUGAGAGUCGUCGCAAGAAAGAAGAUCUUGAAUUGGCGGCUAAGCUUGAAGAGGAUCAAGCCAAGCUCGAGGAGGACAAGGAGAAGAAGGUUAGGGUCUACGACAACGACGCACAAGAAGCUUUGAAGAAGCUGGAGGACGACGAGAAGGAGAAGACGAAGGCUUUGAUUGCUCGACAUGCGGAGGAACUACGCGUUCUUCAAGAACGUCACGCGCGAGAGAAGACUGACAGGGUUGCGGAGAGAGAUGCCGCUAUGCAGGCAUUGAGGAAGAAGCAUGAGGGUCUUCGUACUAACAUGAUUGACGCGUUUACUUCUAGGGGCGAAGAGAUCAUUGUCAAGUUCAAGAGCGAUAAGGCUGAUAUCAAGUUCAAGAGAAAUCAGGAGGACGCUAAGGUCAAAGAUGAGCUGUUCGAGACGGCGAGAGAACAUAGUCUUGUAAUUGCAGCUGCGGCUGUUGGUAAUGCACAGCCAGCUCCCCGAGAUUCUGUUAAUCAACAGGUCACCGCAUUGCCUCUAAGGAGCCGUUCGCAAGACCGGUAUCGUGAGAGGUCCUCAGGAUGGGGUGGAGAUGCUUGGCGCACGAGAGACAGGUCACCGCGAAGAGCUGGAUCGCCACCGCGUGCUCGUUCACCACCACGAUACCAAUCCGAUCGGGACAAUUGCUACCGUCCUGCCUAUGAGGCUAACGGCUAUAAUGACAACCGUUCGUACUCCAUGUACCGUCCACCUAGCCCGAGGCGAGAUAGCUUUUACAAUAGGGCCCGCUCCCGAUCCCCACCACGUCAACCACCAAGCGGUCCGAGGAAUUGGAGCAAUUAUCAACAAGGUAAUAAGCGUGGACGUUCCGUCAGCCCCCCGAAUACAAUGUCUCGGGGCACGGAGGACAAUCACCGGACUAUUCCAACUGGACCGAGAGCAGGAGGAGGUUAUGCUCAGAAGAAGGCUCGCCAGCAAUACACUCCGUUUAACGAUCCUGUCCAGCCAAUGGAAUGGACCGGUAACGGCUCUUCGGGGGACAAGACAAUCACCCACAAGCUGCCGGACAAUUCCCCUAACCCUCUAACUCCUGUACCUGCCCCUACUAAUAAUGUAGCACCCCCAUUAGCUAAGACUCAAAUCACACCUGCCCACACUAUUCCAGGAGGCACAUUACCCAUUGGUCGAUAUGUCGUCCCAAACACGCCUAAUCCAUCCGCUUUCCUAACACACUUCCCUGUACACCGAGUCAAGUUCAUCAAAGAAGAUGGCAAAAAGUACGAGUGGGAGGGUCGUACCGGCCCGAAUUCGAAAACCGGAGAACUUCGUCUCACGGGCUCUACGUACGUCGGUUUCGAACCCAGGAAAGACGUUCGUCGACCGGCAGGCUGGUGCAUCACACCAGGCACGGUGGCGCGACUGUUCUACUGGGAGAAAUGGGGCGUGAUUCAUGUGAUCAAGUUGAAGCAGGAAGAUGUAGGACCGAAGGAGCUGUGGAUGGAGUUUAAGGAGCCGAAGGCGGAGGUUGUGAAGGGCUUCGUGACGAGCUUUAAGAAGGAGUGGAGCUUGUUUAAGGUUUAUCCUGAGUCGAAGGACGAUGCCGUUAACCCGAUGGAUUCGUGCUUGGGUGGAAAUAAGCCUGCUAAAUGAGUCAUUCGCUAUUUCGAGGACUAGGACGAUACGGAAACUAUUUGUACGAGAAUAAUUGUAUAGGAU